AUGGGCCUCAAGCUCAAUAUCCUCUCAACACCUAGAGGGUGGAUCACAGAGAAAGGCAGCUACGAGAUCAAAUAUGCCACCCAACUGAGAAAUUGUGAAGACUUGAUUGUGGAUGAGAAAGCAGGGUACGUGGUGUUGGGCUGCGACGAAGGCAGAGAUGUCUGGAACACCGUCAUGGGAGUCUUCGGCAAAACGACACCUCAGAACGGUCAACUCUACCUCUAUGACUACUCUCGAUCUCAGCCUAGUCUAGAGAGUAUCCGUCUGCUCAACACUCCUCCAGGCUAUUCCUUCCAUCCUCUGGGACUGUCUCUCCACUUACCGAGCGACACUCUUCUUGCAGUCAACCACGGCACCUCUGGCAGCACAGUAGACCAAUUCCACUUUUCGCGCCUCGGAAACUCUGCAACGUUCAUCAAAAGCAUUUCGUCGCCAUAUCUGAGAGCUCCCAAUGCUGUGGUCCAGAUCUCGAAGACAGAAGCUUUGGUUACCAACGAUCACUUUUUCACGCCUAAAAUCUCCCNNCCCUGGCUGAACAAGAUCGAGAAUUAUCUUGGACUUCCUCUGGGUGGUGUCACAUACGUGGACGUUAAGACUGGACAAGCGCAGCAAAUUGCAAGGAUGCCGUAUGCCAACGGAUUGGCGGUCUUGAACAACACAGCUCUUGCCGUGGCUUCCAGCUCUUCGGCCAAAGUCUUCCUCUACGAGAUGGAUAAGGCAACUACACCGCCGACACUCGUUUACAAGGAGGCGAUCACCACUCCGUUCUGGCCAGACAAUCUGCACGUAUUCAACGGCAAGCUUUUGAUUGCUGGGCAUGCACAACUCUCCGGCUUGGCCAAGUUCGCAAAGUCGAGACAACACUGUGGUGCUGAUACGACCUCUGCGGGUUGUGAUACAGUAGCACCUAGCUACAUAGUUCAGUGGACCAGAGAGAAAGGUCUUGAGGAUGUUUACGUGGGUACAGAGAUCUAUUCUUCCAGCGGUGUUGCCAUGGAUGAGAAGAGAGGUGUCGGAGUUAUCUCCGGACUGUACGGCAAGGGUCUGCUGAUCUGGAACAAGGAGAAGAAGUAG